CGCAGCAAUUCUUGAUAUCUGGCCUUGCGGGACGUAACCUUGCUGCUCUGAUGCGGCUCGAGAGCUUGAUGUUGCGCAUUUGCCAGCGGGCUGGGCUCUGAUGUCAUGUCGAUUUUGGCUUUGGCGAGAUUCACGGGCCAGGGGUAGGGGAAGGGUUGGGGAAGGGGAAGGCGAGGGACGGCAAUGCUCGCGGGAUUCCUCGCUUCAUUCUCCUCUAAAGAAUCUAAAGAAUCAACUCCACAGCUUUUCUCUGUCGACAUCAGAUACAUCACCAGCGUUUACACGCGGUGGGCUGAUAGCUCUGUCACCUUUCCACACCCAGUGAAGAUCUUCCUCACCCAGGCUUCCUCCCGCCCGAUUGUUGGUACUCUGCUGGCCCCCAUUGGCUAUUUCCUACCAGUUCGACCGUUGCUGGCUUCGGCACAGCAAAAGCAGGUCAGGUCAUCAUCCAGGCACAAGCCAAAAGCCGGGUCUCAAACUCAAAGUGAAACCCUCAGCUGCGCUGUUCUCGCAGACUCGCAGACCCUCGCUCACCAUCUCCGACCACCAGCCGGAAGACUGGUUCCUGGCAAAAUUAUUCUUCCACCCCAAACGGUCGGUUAUGUCUUGGCAUUUCCCGGGGAUGACUUACAGGCGGUAAGUCGCUUUGGCGCUUUGAUAGGUCGUGCGAGAAGGAAGAGUGCUUCCUAGAAGCACUUGGUUACCACCUCGGCGGACUCGCGCCGCCGGCGAAAUAGAGUACUUGUAUCCUCUUGGUGAAAAAGGGUGCAUAUAGCAGUAAGGGCACAACUGGCCUUCUCCUCUCCUCUUCUCUCCUCCUCUCUCCCUUUUUCUGUACUACCUAUUCGCAUUUUCGUCAUGUCUACUUCCACAAAAUAUGAGCCGAACG